AUGAGUUGCACUGCGUCAUAUGCCGGCAUGACAACUCCGGUGAAGGAUAAGGAAGGCCACGGGAUUCCAUGCUUACAACCUAUCGAUGUAGUGGAAUGUACCUAUCAAUAUUUUACAAAAUCACGGAAUAAACUGUCUUUAAGGGUAGGCGAUUUGAUUUACGUACUCACUAAAGGUUCUAAUGGCUGGUGGGAUGGUGUUCUUAUCAGACACAGCGCUAAUAAUAAUAAUAAUUCGUUGAUACUAGACAGAGGUUGGUUCCCCCCUUCUUUUUACACGGUCCAUUCUAAACGAACUACACGGGGUGCCUGA